AUGACCCGACGCACGGUUGUCAAUGGGGCCAGCUGCAUCGAUAGCGGUUGGGACUGGGCCUUCAAUUCCCUCAACCAAAGUCCUUGUCAAGUCGCUGCACUUAUUCUCGACGUAAAUGUAGGGCCCUUAGGACCAGGAUGGGUAUAUACGGGCCCGAAAUCGCCAGGGGAUAUCUCGAAGCAAUGCAACACUGUGGUUUACUCCCUGUUGAGCGCAUGCGCGGGAUGUCAAGAUUGUGGAUGGCAAGACUGGGCAACUUGGCGAACGAAUUGUGAGAACACUCCACCUGCUGGAAACCUGGGCUAUGAUAUUCCCCCUGGAGUGGCGAUACCGCAAUGGGCCUUCAACGACUUCACUGCAAAGGGUACUUGGGAUAAUGCCUCAGCCAUUCAGACCGGUGACAACCCAGAGAGCUCUGCAAUCAGCACUAGUACAACACAAACAAGUACUACGUCCGACUCUACCAUCAGUUCGUCUUCCUCUGCAACGCUAUCGAACACAUCGUCCAGCUCUGCACCAACCAACACGAGCUCUCCUUCACCUUUCAACCGCUCGUCACGCACUGGGGCCAUCGCAGGAGGAGUCGUCGGAGGGCUAGUCGCCGUACUUAUUGUUGCCGUACUAAUCGCCUGCGUUUUGAAGAAGCGCCGAAAAGUCUGGCGCGGACCUGCGGCGGCAUCAGGCGAUAUGGAAGGGAAACAUCCUAUGGUGUCUGUUGAUCGUCCAAAGCAUUAUGAUCCCUCCGACCCAACAACUUUCCCAGAUACGAGCACUGCAAAUUUGGCUGCCGUGAAUUCACAAGAUCUAAACUUCAGGGCCUCUCAGACAUAUCAUGGGCUUCCGGAAGUGUGA